AUGAACCAAAGUGAACACAAAGCGGCCCAGCUAGAAUAUGAGCACGUCUCUCAAUCUUAUUAUUUCUUUAACCCCUGCAGAAAACCAAAUUCUUAUAAUAAAAUAUAUUUCUUCUUUUUUCUCACCUUUUUUCCUUUUUCAUUUCUUCUCCUUUUUUCUUUUCUCUUCUCUUUUUCUUAUUUUUUCCUUUUUCUUCUUUUCCUUUUCUUUUUUCUUUUCCUCUUUCCUAAUUCUCCUUUUUUCUUCUUUCUCCUUUUUCUUCUUUUUUAUUCUUCUUCUUUUUUCUUUUCUUUCUUCUCUUUUUCUUCUUUUUUCCUUUUUCUUCUUUUUCUUUUCUUUUUUCUUUUCCUCUUUUCUAAUUAUCCUUUUUUCUUCUUUUUUCUUCUUCUUUUUUCUUUUCUUUCUUAUCUUUUUCUUCUUUUUUCCUUUUUCUUCUUUUUCUUUUCUUCUUUCUUUUCCUCUUUUCUAAUUCUCCUUUUUUCUUCCUUCUUCUUUUUCUUCUUUUUUAUUCUUCUUCUUUUUUCCUACCUUUCUUCUUCUUCUUUUCCUUUUCUUUUCUUCUUUCCUAAUUCUCCUUUUUUCUUCCUUCUCCUUUUUCUUCUUUUUUCUUCUUCUUUUUUCUUUUCUUUCUUAUCUUUUUCUUCUUUUUUCCUUUUUCUUCUUUUUCUUUUCUUUUUUCUUUUCCUCUUUUCUAAUUAUCCUUUUUUCUUCUUUCUCCUUUUUCUUCUUUUUUAUUCUUCUUCUUUUUUCUUUUCUUUCUUCUCUUUUUCUUCUUUUUUCCUUUUUCUUCUUUUUCUUUUCUUUUUUCUUUUCAUCUUUCCUAAUUCUCCUUUUUUCUUCUUUCUCCUUUUUCUUCUUUUUUCUUCUUCUUCUUUUUCCUUCCUUUCUUCUCUUUUUCUUCUUUUUUCCUUUUUCUUCUUUUUCUUUUCUUUUUUCUUUUCCUCUUUUCUAAUUCUCCUUUUUUCUUCCUUCUCCUUUUUCUUCUUUUUCAUUCUUCUCCUUUUUUUCUUUCUUCGCCUGUUUUUACUUCUUUCCUUUUUUUCUUCUUGUCCUGUUUUUUCUUCUUUUUUUUCCAGGCGGUAA